GUUUUGUCACUAAGCUCUCUCUCUCUCUCUCCUUCUUUUUCGCAAAUUCUUCUUUCGUCUUCGACUUUUUAUUUAUUUUUUCUUUUCUUUUUCUCUUUGAUUGUUUUUUCUUUUCUUCUUAAAGUCGUGUUGGGUUUUAUCUGGGUUUUCUGAAUUUUUGGUUCUCAACGAGGAAGGAAGGAAGGAGGAUUAGAGAAGAUUUUAAAAGAGGAGAGAAGGGAAUUGCUCUUUUGUCUUCUUCAAUUUUUAUAUCGAUGGGUUGUUUCGGACGCAGUAAGAAACCGACGAGCAAACGAUCGGAGUCGGAGACUAAUAGGAAAAUUGUCGGUGGUGGUACUAGCCUCGCUAAGAGUGAUAAGCGCGAUGAUCAGACUCAACCCACUUCUGAUUCGACAAAAGUGAGUCCAUAUCGAGAUGUAAACAAUGAAGGAGGAGGAGUUGGUAAGGAGGAUCAGCUAUCACUUGACGUGAAAGGUUUGAAUUUGAAUGACCAAGUCACAGGGAAGAAAGCUCAGACUUUUACCUUUCAAGAACUUUCUUUAGCUACUGGAAACUUUAGAUCGGAUUGUUUUCUUGGUGAAGGAGGUUUUGGUAAAGUUUUCAAGGGUACUAUUGAGAAACUGGAUCAGGUUGUUGCUAUCAAGCAACUUGAUCGUAAUGGUGUUCAAGGAAUCAGGGAAUUUGUGGUUGAGGUAUUGACACUAAGUCUUGCUGAUCAUCCAAAUCUUGUGAAGCUUAUCGGGUUUUGUGCUGAGGGUGAUCAGAGACUUUUGGUUUACGAGUACAUGCCGCUUGGAUCUCUCGAAGAUCAUCUACAUGAUCUCCCUAGUGGUAAAAAGCCUCUUGAUUGGAACACUCGGAUGAAAAUAGCAGCUGGUGCAGCAAGAGGUCUGGAGUAUCUGCAUGAUAGGAUGACACCCCCUGUGAUUUACCGAGACCUUAAAUGUUCGAAUAUUUUGCUUGGUGAAGACUAUCAACCGAAACUAUCUGACUUCGGGUUGGCUAAAGUAGGACCAAGCGGGGAUAAAACCCAUGUCUCCACAAGGGUUAUGGGAACAUACGGAUACUGUGCUCCUGACUACGCUAUGACCGGUCAGCUCACAUUUAAAUCCGAUAUCUACAGUUUUGGAGUAGUCCUUCUCGAGCUUAUCACUGGAAGGAAAGCAAUUGACAAUACAAAAACGCGUAAAGAUCAGAAUUUAGUCGGAUGGGCACGACCAUUAUUCAAAGACAGGAGGAACUUCUCGAAAAUGGUUGAUCCGUUGCUUCAAGGACAAUACCCGAUAAGAGGACUGUACCAAGCACUAGCAAUAUCAGCAAUGUGCGUUCAAGAGCAGCCGAGCAUGAGACCAGUGGUAUCUGAUGUUGUACUGGCACUCAACUUUUUAGCCUCUUCGAAAUAUGAUCCGAAUAGCCCUGGCAGCAGCAGCAGAAAACACCAUUCUUUUCACAGAGAUAGAGAUGACGAAGAGAAAAGACCAGACCUUGUCAAGGAAACCGAAUCUGAAGGGUCGUCAUAGGAGAGAUCCAGUAAGCGAGUGGUAAAAAUAUUAAAAUCUAGUUUUGGCUUUCACCAAGAAAUUGGGGAAAUAAAUAUAUAUAAUCAGCUCAGGUACAUUUUUAACAUCUCUUGUGGAUGUAAAAUCUUGACUCGGCGUCUUUGUAUGUAGAAUGUUUUUCUUGUGUAGAAAAAAAAAAAAAGAACCAUUUGUUUUGGGACAUAUAUUUAUAUACAUAUAUUGAACAGAAAACAAACUUCUUUUUAUCCUUA